UCCACUUGAGAAGAUUCAUUUGGACAUUUGGUUUCAAAUCUUUUAUUUUGCUCAGCUUUUCAUUUUUAAAGCACACAAGUGUUUGGCAAAAUGUGUCAGAGAAUAUUAAGAAUAUUUGAUGUUUUGAACUUAUUGUUUGUUUCACAAAAUGUCUCAGAGAAUUAUAAGCAUAUUUUAAAUGAUUGUUUGUUGGAAUAGUAAGAAUGUCUCAGAGAAUAUAUAUAUAUAUAUGUCAUGAUCUUUGUAAUCAAUCUCAUUUUUACACACUAGAAAAAACUAAGAUCAGUUGGGCAGUUUACAAUUGGAUUUUUGCCACCCGAAAUAUACAUUGGUUUGGUUGAACACUAUAAUAUACAUGUGUACCUAUAAGAUACAAAAUAAACAUAUAAGAAUCUGAUCUCACUUGGCUAGUGGUUGCUCACUUUUUUGUUCUGUUACCAGAAAAAAUAUUUGGACAUGGAAGUAGUGUGUUCGAAAGUUUCAAACUUUGGAUUCUUUUGGCUUUUAUUGAUUAUUGCUUUUACUAGUAGGCAGAAGUUAGGCCAUGUAGAUAUUGUUGGGGGCUGCUAUUUGGUCAGAAGGCACAGACAAUGUUUCAAUCCGUUGGUGACCCAUAGUAGAAAGAAUUGUUUCCCCGUGGUCAAUAGUCAGAGGAGUUCAGAUAGUGGCGCCAGUUCAUCUGAGAUUGAUGAAAGAUUGGUUUUUAAAGAUGAGAGUUCUCUUGACGGUGGAGGCAAUGGUGCUUCUGAAUUGGCAGAAGUUCCUAGCGUUGUAUUACAUUCUCCGGAUGUCAAGCGUGAGAUAAUGAUGCUUUCUAUACCUGCUAUUGCAGGGCAAGCACUUGAUCCUUUAGCACAGCUUAUGGAGACUAUUUACAUUGGUAGAUUAGGCUCUCUGGAGUUGGGUUCAGCUGGUGUUUCUGUGAACAUCUUUAAAUAG